CGGUUGAUAUUGCAGCAACACGUUUAUUCGUUUUAGUUUUGUGCGCGUUGUUGUCUGCUGCUCUUGACGCACCAGUUCAGCACAUUUUCCAGCAGAGAUCAUUGUGAAAUCGUAGGUCAGGAGGAUGAUGGCUCGAGUGCAUCGCUCGUUGAUUGCGGUUUUAUCGUGUCUGUUUGGAUACUUGAGCAUUACAGAUGCUAUUCAAAGACGACCCACAGUGAAGCCAAGUCAAUGUCCCAACCCGAAGAACAUUCCACUGUCUGCUGAAAGCUGUUUCCAUGAUGGCCAGUGUCCUGCCACACAGACAUGUUGCCCAACCACCAGUGGCCGUGCAUGCAGUGAACCAAGCAGUCAGGGAAGCGGUUAUGGUCAGGGAAGUGGAAGUGGUCAGGGAAGCGGUCAGGGAAGUGGUCAGGGAAGCGGUCAGGGAAGUGGUCAGGGAAGCGGUCAGGGAAGUGGUCAGGGAAGCGGUCAGGGAAGUGGUCAGGGAAGCGGUCAGGGAAGUGGUCAGGGAAGCGGUCAGGGAAGUGGUCAGGGAAGCGGUCAGGGAAGUGGUCAGGGAAGCGGUCAGGGAAGUGGUCAGGGAAGCGGUCAGGGAAGUGGUCAGGGAAGCGGUCAGGGAAGUGGUCAGGGAAGCGGUCAGGGAAGUGGUCAGGGAAGCGGUCAGGGAAGUGGUCAGGGAAGCGGUCAGGGAAGUGGUCAGGGAAGCGGUCAGGGAAGUGGUCAGGGAAGCGGUCAGGGAAGUGGUCAGGGAAGCGGUCAGGGAAGUGGUCAGGGAAGCGGUCAGGGAAGUGGUCAGGGAAGCGGUCAGGGAAGUGGUCAGGGAAGCGGUCAGGGAAGUGGUCAGGGAAGCGGUCAGGGAAGUGGUCAGGGAAGCGGUCAGGGAAGUGGUCAGGGAAGCGGUCAGGGAAGUGGUCAGGGAAGCGGUCAGGGAAGUGGUCAGGGAAGCGGUCAGGGAAGUGGUCAGGGAAGCGGUCAGGGAAGCCUUCAGGGAAAUGGUCAGGCAAGCCUUCAGGGAAAUGGUCAGGCAAGCCUUCAAGGAAAUGGUCAGGGAAAUGGUCUGGCAAGCCUUCAAGGAAAUGGUCAGGCAAGCGGUUAUGGCCAGGGAAAUGGUCAAGGAAGUGGUCAAGCAUAUGGUCAAGCAAGCCUUCAAGGAAAUGAUCAGGGAAGUGGUUAUGGUCAGGCAAGCGGUCAUGGAAGUGGUCAAGCAAGCAGUCAGGCAAGCGGUCAAGUAAAUGGUCAGGGAAGUGGUUAUGGUCAGGCAAGCAUUCAGGCAAGCAGUCAGGGAAGCGGUUAUGGCCAUGGAAAUGGUCAGGGAAAUGGUCAAGGAAGUGGUCAAGCAAGCAGUCAGGCAAGCCGUCAAGGAAAUGGUCAGGGAAGCGGUUAUGGUCAGGCAAGCGGUCAUGGAAGUGGUCAAGCAAGCAGUCAGGGAAGUGGUCAAGGAAAUGGUCAGGGAAGCAGUUAUGGUCAGGGAAGUGGUCAGGGAAGCAGUUAUGGUCAGGGAAGUGGUCAGGGAAGCAGUUAUGGUCAGGGAAGUGGUCAAGCAAGCAGUCAGGCAAGCCAUCAGGGAAGUGGUCAAGCAGGCAGUCAGGGAAGCGGUUUUGAUCAGGGAAGCGGUCAAGCAAGCAGUCAGGCAAGCCAUCAGGGAAGUGGUCAAGCAAGCGUUCAGGGAAGGGGUUAUAGUCAGGCUAGCGGUCAGGGACGUGGUCAAGCAUAUAGUCAAGCAAGCAGUCAAGGAAGUGAUCAGGGAGGUGGUUAUGGCCAGGGAAGAGGUCAGGGAAGCAGUUAUGGUCAGGCAAGUGGUCAAGCAAGCAGUAAGGGAAGCGGUCAAUGAAAUGGUCAGAUGUGGUCAAGGAAAUUGUCAGGGAUGUGGUCUUUGAAACUUUCAUUGGAAUUUUGCGUAACACCUA